AUGGCCAUACGAGUUCAGUUCGAAAACUCCAACGAGGUUGGCGUAUUUUCGAGGUUGACAAACUCCUACGCACUGAUCGCCAUGGGAGGAUCUGAAAAUUUCUCCAGUGUGUUCGAAUCCGAGUUGUCUCAACACAUCCCCCUCGUGUACACCACCAUUGGAGGUACAAAAGUGAUUGGAAGAGUCUGCGUAGGAAAUAGGAAGGGGUUACUCGUGUCAAGCAUAUGUACAGAUCAGGAGCUCCUCCAUUUAAGAAACGCACUACCAGAAAAUGUUAAAAUAAAAAGAAUUGAAGAGCGCCUUUCAGCAUUAGGUAAUUGUAUAACGGCAAAUGAUUACGUGGGGUUAGUUCAUACAGACAUAGAUCGAGAGACAGAGGAAAUAAUUCAAGACGUGCUGGACAUUGAAGUCUUUAGGACCUCCAUCGCUGGCAAUUUGCUUGUAGGUACUUAUUCAUAUUUUACGAACAAUGGAGGACUCCUACAUGCCAUGACCUCGUCACAAGAAAUUGAGGAACUUUCAGAGCUUUUGCAAAUCCCUUUAAUUACCGGUACGGUUAAUAGAGGCAGUGACCUGAUCGGGGCUGGUCUGGUGGCCAACGACUGGUCAGCCUUCUGUGGCAUGGACACCACUGCCAUCGAGCUGAGUAUAAUUGAAAAAGUCUUUAAGCUCAACAGCAUAGAGGACGCCAACAUCGAGGACAACUUCAAGUACAAGUCUUCCAUAAUUCAAACCAUGAUUUAUGGGGUAAUAAGCGCCUACCCCAGAUGCGCCACCAGUCAACCCUCGCGCACGCGCGUGCGCAGGGGGGGGGAACAUGUGUAUGAGAAGCUUUUCUGA